AUGAUGAUUUGCAUCAUCCUCCAUAACAUGAUUGUGGAGAAUGAGUAUGAUUAUGAUGCCCCAGAGAUGUUCGAACCUGAUCCCAUGAACACAUCAUUGACAAGAAUUUAUGAACGGCCCGUGGGAGCAAAUGGACAACCACUAGAGCACGAACUGUUAAUUAGGGAUGGUCAUUAUAACAACCGUAUGAUUGAUCGUUAUAUGGAAAUGCAAUCUCUUUAUGUUCACGAAAGACGUCAAGUUGACUUGAUCGAGCACUUAUUGUCGAUGAAAGGAAAUCAUGAUGGAUAA